AUGCUCAUCACCGGAUCGGAGGAAGAGCGCAAAUGGUCGGUAUCAGAUAUGGACAAGCUAGUUGGCGAAACGAGCAGGGUCGGUAUCUUGUCUCUCAGCGAACUCGGCGACUAUCAUCGGCGAUUCCUGGCGAUCACGGACAUCCACGACGCGGCCCGAUUCGUCUUGCACGGCACCACGUCUGCCUACAGCACGACCUCUACCGACAUCUCUCGCGCAGCCCCCGCCGCACCGCCCACCAACGCAAUCAAAGCCGAAGACCUGGCAACCAUGCCAGCCAAUCGACCAUCCCGACAACCAGGACAAGGCGGCGACAACUGCAUGUUCUGCGGCAGUCCCGAACACUUCAUGCGCACCUGUUUCGAGGUCACCGAAUACAUUCGGAUCGGCAAAUGCAAGCGGAAUAUCAAGGGGAAGGUUGUACUGUCAAGUGGGGCAUUCGUACCCAGAGAAAUCACGGGUAGUAACCUGAAGGACCGAGUUGACGAAUGGCAUCGCAGGAAUCCAGGACAGUUGGCGACUGGACAGAUGAUGUUCACGGUAAACGCGACGCCGACUCACCCGAUGACGAUAGCCUCCCGUCACGAUUCACCCUCGCUGCUGGAUGUUACCCCGACUUACCAACUCACCGACGUCCAGCGAAUCGCAAGCCUCGAACGCGAACUAUUCGCACUCCGAACGCGGGGCGCGAGGGCAUGCGAAAUGGCCUAG